AGCUAUGAGUCAGGUUAGAGAGAACAGAAGAGGGCAGGUAUCCAUCACCUCCAUUUGGCAACAAUAAAUCAAAAUGGGAAAGGAGAAGAUCCACAUCAACAUCGUGGUCAUUGGCCAUGUCGACUCCGGCAAAUCCACGACCACCGGCCACCUGAUCUACAAGUGUGGAGGAAUCGAAAAGAGAACCAUCGAGAAGUUUGAGAAGGAAGCCGCUGAGAUGGGCAAGGGCUCCUUCAAGUACGCCUGGGUGCUGGACAAACUGAAGGCCGAGCGUGAGCGUGGUAUCACCAUUGACAUCGCUCUGUGGAAGUUUGAGACCGGCAAGUACUAUGUGACCAUCAUUGAUGCUCCUGGACACAGGGAUUUCAUCAAGAACAUGAUCACUGGAACAUCUCAGGCUGACUGCGCCGUGCUGAUCGUUGCUGCCGGUGUUGGUGAGUUCGAGGCUGGUAUCUCCAAGAACGGCCAGACCCGUGAGCACGCCCUGCUGGCCUACACCCUCGGCGUGAAGCAGCUCAUUGUCGGAGUCAACAAGAUGGACUCCACCGAGCCCGUUUACAGCCAGAAGCGUUUUGAGGAAAUUAGCAAGGAAGUGAGCGCUUACAUCAAGAAGAUCGGUUACAACCCAGCCACUGUUGCCUUUGUGCCCAUCUCUGGGUGGCAUGGAGACAACAUGCUGGAGGCCAGUGACAAGAUGAGCUGGUUCAAAGGAUGGAAGGUUGAGCGCAAAGAUGGUAAUGCCAAUGGAACAACCCUGCUGGAGGCUCUGGAUGCCAUCCUGCCCCCCUCCCGCCCCACAAACAAACCCCUGCGUUUGCCCCUGCAGGAUGUUUACAAAAUUGGGGGUAUUGGAACUGUUCCCGUCGGACGUGUUGAGACCGGUGUCCUGAAGCCUGGUACAAUCGUGACGUUUGCGCCCCCUGAACUCACCACUGAGGUGAAGUCUGUGGAGAUGCACCACGAGUCUCUGACUGAGGCUCUCCCCGGAGACAACGUCGGCUUCAACAUCAAGAACGUGUCCGUCAAGGAGCUCAAACGUGGCUUUGUGGCCGGUGACAGCAAGAAUGACCCACCCAAGGGGGCUGACAACUUCACUGCUCAGGUCAUCGUCCUGAAUCACCCUGGCCAGAUACAGCCAGGUUACAGCCCUGUGCUGGAUUGCCACACUGCUCACGUCGCUUGCAAAUUCAGGGAAUUCCUCCAGAAGAUUGACCGUCGUUCUGGGAAGGUCCUUGAAGAAAGCCCCAAGAUACUCAAGUCUGGAGACGCAGCCAUUAUUAACCUGUUUCCUAGUAAACCCAUGUGUGUUGAGAGCUUCUCCGAAUAUCCUCCACUUGGUCGCUUUGCCGUGCGAGACAUGAGGCAGACCGUGGCCGUCGGUGUCAUCAAGAAAGUCGAAAAGAAAUCUGCAACUGCAGCAAAGGUCACCAAGGCUGCAGUUAAGGCUCAGAAGAAAUGAUCUUUAAUUCUGGGUGUCCGACAACGGGGCCACAUUAGGAUUUAUCUCAACAUUUUUCACUGGAUGCAUAGAUCAUGGUGGAGCCAACUGGAAUGGCUUCAGCCACUAAAAACAUUUGUUCUGUAUAGGGAAAACUAAUGUGAUAAUUGGAUUCAAAUCAAAGCAAUAAAAAAAGCCUUUAAUCACACCAAAUGAAGACCUUUCUUUGUUAUCCGAUUAACCUUUUCUAAAUUUUUUGAUUCUGAUGCUUCACUGUACAUGUUCCUACUCUGAUUCAUACACGUAAUGAUGAAGAAACGUAACACCUCACUCUCUUGAUCUGUGAACUUUAAUUGAGGACAUGUUUUGUGUGCAUUUUCUCGGUACAUUUAAAGCAAAAACAGGCACUUUUUUUGCCUUAAACUUGUCAUUGUGAUGUUAACACUGACUGCAGUGUACUGCAACUGUGAUAGUGUAAUUACUUGGCCUCCGGGUAGGGGCGUUGCAACAGUGGAGGAGAGACAGAGGGAUUUUUUUUUUCUCAGCUCCAAAUGUUAACUUAACAAGCCUUUUUGAAAGUGCCUGACAUAAUUUCCUCUAAUAAUUAUAAUAAUAGUUUCCAGCAUGCUGUGCAGCUCAAAGUUCUCCAUCACAGCCCAAAUUAUAUAAAAAACUGAUUAAAAGAGAGACUGGAGUAAAAGAUGCAACAUAGUAACCACCCUAACAGUUGUGUUGUUUUUCUAAUUUUAUUGUGAAUGAGACUUUAGGCUGCUUUUUAAAGUCCAGAUAUUUUCCUGAAACUGUCCUGAAGGGGCUGGACAUGCAAAUAUCUCCAAACGUCAUGGUGGAUUUUUAUGUGAAUUCUCCUGCUGACGGCUGCCCCCAAGUGGCAGAAUUUGGGUGAUACGUCGCUGUCCGUUCAAUUUAAAAUGGUUUGAUAUUUGCUUGAAUAUAUGCAUAAUUUGUUUUAGUGGUUGAAUGUUAAUUCAACCACUUGAUAAAUUAAUAUAAAAUAAAAUAAAAAAUUGUUAUUUAUGUUGAUGGGUAGUUAAGCACUUUUUGUGCACCUUGACCUUUUGUGAAGCCCAGCCAUCAUAACCACACGCACGUGUUGUUAAAGUGAAGUGGAUUUAUGUAUCCCCACGUUCAUGUAAUAGUUAGUACCCUCGUAUGUAGAAGCUCUUUAGCCAAAAUGAUAUUUUGAAUGCUAAAAUAUAAUUAUUAUUGUUAUUGUUUCACAAAAAAGGGGGAAUUAAGGUGUCAAAUUAUAGUUAUUUAGUUGCAUUCCUGAGCAGAAAAAUUUGCUUUAGUGGUUGAAUGUUGUGCUUGAUUCUUUUGACCUCUCAGAGAAGGAGUCCAGUGAGCUGACUCACAUUUGGGUAUAAAAAGGUGAAUUCAGUUUGAUAUUUGCCAAAUAAAUAAAUAACAUUU